AUCCCACCCCGAAGGGCGUCGCCGAGCUAGCCAUUGCCGCCUCCCGGCUCGCGACUCGCGAGUCACAGGCGCAGCCGAGCGUUCCUUGGGGACGAGGCUACAUCGCGAUGUGGUGGAGGGCGGUGAGGCGCCGGUGGGUCGCGACGGCGCGGCCCGCGUCCUCCGCGGCGGCGGGGGCGGAGAAGAGCUGCCGCGCCGUGGUGGUGCCGCGUUUCGGUGGGCCGGAGGUGCUCGAGGUCAGGCAGGGCAUGCCUGUGCCCGAUCUGAAGCCGCAGGAGGUGCUCGUGCGCGCACGCGCUGUCUCUAUCAACCCCCUGGACCUCCGAAUGCGAUGUGGCUAUGGGCGCUCCAUAUUCGAACCACUCCUACCUCUGAUCAUUGGUCGGGACAUUAGCGGUGAAGUUGCGGCCACCGGAACUUUGGCAUCGUCUUUUUCUAUUGGCCAAGAAGUGUUUGGUUCGUUGCAUCCAACUGCUCUCAGAGGGACAUAUGCUGAUUAUGCUAUCCUGUCACUGGACGAGCUUACUCUCAAACCAUCUACACUCAGUCAUGUGGAGGCUAGUGCAAUCCCGUUUGCUGCUUUGACUGCAUGGCGCGCUUUACAUGGUACGGCUCGUAUUUCUGAAGGACAAAGAGUUCUUGUGAUUGGUGGAGGAGGAGCGGUUGGAUUAGCUGCUGUUCAACUUGCGGUGGCUGCUGGGUGUGUGGUUUCUGCUACCUGUGGAACACAAAGUAUUGAGCGAGUUAUGGGAGUUGGUGCUGAACAAGCUAUUGACUACACUGCUGAGGAUACUGAAGCAGCAAUUAAAGGAAAGUUUGAUGCUGUUUUAGACACCAUAGGAGUACCUGAGACAGAAAGAAUUGGCAUCAAUGUUCUUAGGAGAGGUGGACACUAUAUGACCCUUCAGGGAGAAGCAGCUGCCCUAGCAGAUAGGUAUGGAUUGGCUGUAGGGCUUCCUGCUGCUACUGCUGUUUUACUAAAGAAACAGAUGCAGUAUCGUUAUUCUCAUGGAAUAGAGUAUUGGUGGACAUACAUGAGAGCUGACGCCGAAGGCCUUCACGAGAUCCAAAGGCUAUCUGGAGCUGGGAAACUACAGAUACCUGUGGAGAAGACCUUUCCCAUCAGCCAUGUAAGAGAAGCUCAUGCGGCCAAGGAGAAAAAGUUGGCUCCUGGCAAGGUGGUUCUGGAAUUCGAUUAAUGUUAUUAAGAUUUUGUCCAUUGGGACCUGAAGGGCUGUGCGUUUGCAAAUCAUGAUAGUUUUUUUUGUAAAAAAAUAAAUCUGAAUCUCUCUGCCGACUUCAGGUUCCAUUUUAUCGUUCCGUUUCAGUAGAAAUACGGUAAAUAAUCAUAUCAGCUAUGGCCUAUGGGCACGAUUUUCCUGA